AUUCAGUGUGUUUUUCAAUACAAUUAUAAGUCAUCUUUGGCCAAAGGAUGCAUAUAUUGUUGGUUAAGAGAACAUCCCAAAGACUACAACUGUAUUACUGAAGAGAAUGCGGGCAGAUUCAAAGACGGUAUCUUCUGCGAGGUGGAUUUUUGUAAUGUAAACGCAACAAUGGGUAAGUAUGUCCAUUAUGCAAGCUCGAUGCUCCGUCAAUCAAACAUUUACACGGCUUCAAAUUUACUCGUAACAGGAGAUUCGACAAAAGGAAUUCGAGAAGUUAGUUCCGCAACUGCCAUAUAACUGUAUGCAGGCAUUAGGUGUGCCAACGGGACAGUGCGGGACGAACUUAAUAACAGGGUUAUUACCUAUGAAGACGGGUGCAGAUUUUGCAAGUUUAUCAAAUACGGUGCUGGAAAUGACUAUGAAUACAAAUGUGAAAAAGGGAAUUUGUGGGAAAAUAAAGCUGGCGAUUACUGUUGUGAGCACAAAGACUGCAACCUAUCAGAGAGUUUGGCAAUGAAAUACCGCGUACCUCGAAACCUACUGAUGUCGGAAGGGAGCACUUCAUGUGGACUGAAUAAAGUGCAGGAUGUGCGCUUGAGUGCAUUUCCAAAUUCACCAUCCGGUCUCUUAUAAAGGCAUGUAAAAUAAUGCUCACAGCCAAUAUUUUCCGUAUUCAACCUGUUGAAGUUUGAUUUUAAAAAAGGC